AUGGAUAUUCGCUCCGGCUGUGGUACGUGUUACCGUGAAAUCGAUCGCUCCGCACCUGGUUCCCGCGUCGUUGCCGCAUGCGCCAUCCUCGUUCUUCCGAUCGCUGGUCAGAGGGCUGGGAGCGAGACCCCUGCAAAACACUUCUUUUUUACUCAGGGCUCCACAACUUCCCUAUCGACAAUAGAAACACCAGCGCAGCCUUCAUACCUGGGCCUGAUUUCACCGGUCCCUCAGCCGCCAGUCACGCCGUACUCUCCUGACACUGGCCACUAUUAUAACCCCGCUCCCCCCGUCUUUCCCGGCCUGGACGUCAGGCCUCGACUGGGGUCCAACAGUAACACGGCUGGCCAGGGCAUGGCACAUGCUCACCGGUCCACAACGCUUCCACACCCAGGAACGCACCUCAGCGCGAGAGAGGCAUACGCGCCUGCGACACCAUCCUUCAGACGGCCGGAUCACCACAUUCAACGGUCGCCACCCUUUUCGAGUAUCCGGCGCCACAGCGCCCUCUCCCCAACGAGUGCGUCGACCGCCUACGGGGCUCUCAAGAUGGAUACGGGCUACCCUAGCUCCAAAUCCCAGCCAAGCAUGCCUCCUCUAGUCACCAUGACCUCCCUCGGUCACCUUUCCUAUGGCGACGCAUCAGCAACCCCUAUCAAGGUGGAAAUCAACGGCGCGAUCGACAAGGGCUUCUUUAUGGCCGACAGCGAGUGGACGUGCUAUCGCCGUAACUACUUUUCCUGCGUCUGCUCGUUCUCACUGACGCCCACGAUGCACAACUCGCCCAUCCACUUCCUCCAGACUGGAUCCUCGCAAGCAUACACCGUUUUCGGGUUCGCCAUGUGCAUCUCUGCAGUUGUAUCGGACAACGAUAGCCACACCAUCGAACUUGUCCAGCAUACUCCCAAGCGGGACAAAGGACCGACCGCCAAACCCGAGAAGACGCGGCUCUCGGCAAAACCACCGCAGUCUAGCCACCACCCGCUUUCGAGCCUCUAUGCUGGCCCAGACGGGAGCCUUGGAUCGUCGAGAUACGACCAGGGCUUUGGACAAGCCCAGCAAAGCUCAGCACCCACCGAACACACUUUCGAACGCAUCCAAUUCAAGCAAGCAACGGCCAACAAUGGGAAGAGAAGGGCGGCACAGCAAUAUUACCAUCUUAUCGUCGAGUUGUGGGCCGACGUUGGCCAGCAGGCAAGUGACCAGUGGGUCAAGGUCGCGUACCGGAAGUCGGCCAAGAUGAUUGUUCGCGGGCGCUCCCCUGGCCAUUACCAAUCGGAGAGGCGGCCGAGCACGAGCAGUGGUCCCGGGGGCUCCGGUGGCAACAUGGGCGGCGGUCAAUACUCGACCAAUAUUUUGGGCCCUGGCGAAUACUCGACUUCAUCCAUGGUGGGGGCAGGAAGCUAUUCGCAGCACUAUGACACCCGUUCCGGUGGCUACGGUGGAACUCGACAUCAUGAGAUGACGCUGGAACCGACGAUCUCGCCUGAGGAGGUGAGAGCCAUCACGGAUCCGAAGGGUUACCAGUAUUAUCCAUCGACAAUCUACGAAGGCGAUCAAGACACAAGGCACCACCAGCAAGUUGAACUGUUCUCCCACCCCCGUCACGAUGUUUCCGGAAGCGGCCCGACAAACUCGAUGAGUACCACCUUCGACCCAACCAAGGUCAAAUCCGAGAUGGACACCGCGCUUCCCAGCAUUCUGUACCAAAAUGGGCCGUACUAUCAGAGAUGUGGUCGGUUUGAAGGGAAGACAACCUCGAAUGGACAGUACCCAACUUUGAUCUCGCCCCCAUCCUCGACAAUGAGCAUGACGUGA